CUUCACAGUACAUAGUACAAACUUGCUAUGUAGGUGUUUUUGUGACUGUAUUUGUUGCGACAGAGUUUUGAGUUCUACCAGGAAAUAAGAGACUGCUGUUAACUCAGUGAAAAUUCUGACACGUAUCUUGGACAUCUUUUUGAACAGUACUAAGUGCUUAGAUCACAAUGGCAUUUUCUAAACCAUCACAAGGUUCAGCUCUGGAGAAAAUCCGAAAGGAUUAUCUGGAGUGCAGUAUUUGUCACGAGGAGUACAGGGAACCCAAACUACUAGACUGUCUUCACAGCUUCUGUAAACACUGUUUACUUGAAUAUCAGACUACCAACUACAAAGAUGCAAAGAUGCUUAUUUGUCCUUUGUGUCGAAAGGAGACACAACUUCCUGAGACGGGUGUUGAAGAUUUCAAGAGUAACUUCAUUUUAACUGGUCUUGCAGGUCAACUGGAGCAGGUCAGCUUAUCUGCAAACAGCAAGUUGGUCUGUAAAUUAUGCAAGGAGAAAAAUGAAGCAACGUAUUUCUGUUGUGACUGCCUCAUGAUCAUCUGUGCAAACUGCAAUGAAAUACACAAUCAAAUUCCAGCAUCAGCAAGCCAUAUAGUAGCGACUUUGAAAGAUAUUAGUGAUGGAAAGAUUGCAAUGAAAAAGACAAAACCAAAACGCCAUCCAGAAUGCCAAACUCAUGAAGGUGAAGUGAUGUGGUUUUAUUGCAAAACAUGUAAUAUGAUGAUUUGCCAAGCUUGUACUGUCAUCGAUCACUGUAAACCACAACAUGAGUAUAUUGACUGCAACCAAGCCUCAUCCACAUACAAACAGUCAUUGGCUCAACUCUUUACUCCCCUUGAAGAAACCCUGAAGAAGCUUGAUCAAUCUCAAGCAACUGCCUCAACAAUGAAAGACAACCUAAACAUCGCAGCUAAGAGAACCAUGGCAGAGGUGAAGAACAGAGCGGAUGAGAUCAGGGCUGAGGUAACAGCUCAAGAGAGUCGCAUCAUGGAUGAAAUAAAAACUAUCCUUAAAGAUCGGAACAAGAAAUUGGAGGAUUUGAGCAAACAAUUCACUGCAGGGGUUUGUGACAUCUCCCUGGGUAACCUGAGUACGAAGUGGGAGCUUGGUUUGGAGUAUGAUGAAGGAAUCGAUGGGGCUUUGGACAUUGAUGCCUCUGUACCUGGGGAUGAGAUGGUAGUGGCAGACUACGGGAAUAACAGAGUGGUAAUCUACAACACUAAGGGACUCCAGAAGAAAUCUUUCACAUCAAGCCAGCCUUGGGCUGUUGCUGCAUUCCAGAAUCAGUUAGUGAUUGUAGAUUGGGACCAACUCUGUCAAGAUGUACAAUAG